AUGAUGCCACUGCGUACGCGGCAGCCAGCGCUUCCUACUACCAGCCCCCCCCAGCCGUCGCUCGUGCAGCAGCCGCCGCAGCAGCCCCUGCCUCCCACGCAGCAGCAGCUCAAGCCCAUGGGGGGCUCACUGUGGAGCGACGGAGGCAGCAGCAACUCCACCAGCAGCUACACCAAGAGGCCCCAGUACCCCAGCAAGCCGCUCAAGCCCAAGGGGCCCCCCAAACAGCCUCAGCUUCACUACUGUGAGAUCUGCAAGAUCAGCUGCGCAGGUCCCCAGGUGAGUCUUGCUUCUUUUGGUUCUUUGGCAAAGAUUUGUCUGCUGUCUCCUGAUGAGCUACUCAGGGUGCCUUAACAAUCAUUUGAAGCCAAGCAUAAAAAUAGGCCACAAUGCAAAUGAAAAACUCAUGUCUUACCUCCCAAAAAAUCCUGGCAGCUGUAGUUUGUUAAGGUAGUUGGGAAUUGUGAUGGGUUCCCAGGAUUCUGUGGUGGAAGCCAUGUGCUCCUGAUAAAAGAAGUACCUGCCUGAAAUGGAGAGGUUUUCAGCAAAUGGCAAAACACUCUGAGAGGAGUCCUUCCAAACCUCGUGGAACAAAGAGUUCCAUCUUUUAGGUACCCCCACUCAGAAGGCCCUUCUCUGCUCCCCAGCAGCAGCAGAGCCUCUUGACCAGACCUUAGGCAGGAACCAGAGGUACAGAGUCUAUGCAGAUAUGGUUCAGGGAGCCCGUGGCCAGGCAGAUGUUGUUGGUCUUCAGCAGGGCCAACUUGACCCACAAGAUGGUCAAAUUGUGAGGCCGUUUUCCCCAAACCACAACCGCCUGCGCCACCCUUGAUGUCAGUAGUGGAGAUGGGACUAUCAGUGUACCCAUUGGGAGCCUUAAAGUGUGAUCCUGAUGGCUCAUAGGCAAGGGAAAGCAGGUUUGGGCUGAUCAAAAGCUGCUGGAUCAGCUGCACGAGUGAGUUCCUGACACUGACUCCUCUUUCUCGCAGCCGAUGCUUGCAGAAAACAGGUAAAGGCAAAGCCUCAGGCACGUGGAAGCUCCUUGCAAGCCCUGCCUUGGCUUUGAUGCCAGGACUUCAGAAUGCCUAGUGUCCUGACUUCAUUGUGACACCAGAUGAUCCCACCCGUCUUGUCAAAUUUGGACCACAAGCCUAGGAUCUAAUAUGGAUCUGGACCACUGAGCCAAAAGGGUUCCUCAUAGCUUCCCUGCCCCUGCUUUACAGUGCCAGGCUGGCUUGUACUGCCCUGGUUGCUUCGAAGCCCCUCAGAUUUACUAAGCACUGUACAAAUGGUUCCUCUAUCUCCUUGUUCUGUAUUCAUCAGGAUAACAGAUGCUUUUGGAAAGCCCUCCCCCCCCAAACAGUCCUUGAAUACAGCAGCUGUCCCUUGUUUACUCCACAAAAGAAUGGUGUUCAGAGAUCUACAGCCUUUGAACAUAGCAGUUCUCUUUAGCUCUGACAGGGAAUCAUUGUGGACAGAGCUGUUCUCCAUAAAAGACAUUCCUCUUCUCCCUUUAGAGCAAGGCUGAGAAACCUUAGGCCUGGGGUUGAAUGCAGCUCUUGCGGCCUCUCUGUGCAGCCCUCGGGACUCUUCCCCAAGCCGUGCCUUCUCUGCAGGCCUCGCACCUCACUGACCCUGACCAGCCCUCUCCUCGACUGCUUUUGCAGGGCCGGAAUGUGUCUUCAGAGUGCCAUAAUGCCUCUUUGCACCACCUCCAGACACAGCUCACCUCCCUGCACCAACACAAGGCCCGUCCUGGAUCGCCCUCCACUUCUUAGACGUGCCGUAGGCCAUAAAACCGUUUCGGGGCAAGAGGAUCCUGCCAUGUCCUUCCUCCCACCCCCCUGCAGACUUACCGGGAGCACCUAGAAGGACAAAAGCACAAAAAGAAGGAGACGGCACUGAAGACAGGGAGCCAGGCGGGGGGCAGCGGCCUACGGGGGGUCCAGACCCAGCUGCACUGCGAGCUCUGCGAUGUUUCUUGCACCGGGGCAGAUGCUUACGUGGCCCAUAUCCGAGGAGCCAAGCACCAAAAGGUUGAGUGUUUUGGGAAGCGCAGGGGGGCACCGGGAAGGAGGAUCUUAUGGGAGACUUUGGUCCACUCCAGGGGGGUGGCCCCUCCGCCUUCCGUCUCCUGGGGCGGAGGACAGGGACAAAGCGAGCGUUGGCUGACUGCCUCUGGCUCCCACUCUCUUUGGCCUUUCUGCCUUCCCCAAGGGGCGCCAGCUGCUCCUGCCCAGAGCCAAGCUGCGGGGAGCUGACGCAGCCCAAGUACUGGGAGCCUGUGCUGGGCCACGUCUCCCCUCCGCUGAAGGACAUGUGUCUUCCAGGUCCUCAAGCUGCACACCAAGUUGGGGGAAGCCCAUCCCUUCCGUCGAGCCCAUGAUGCUCAGCGUCUCUGUGAGUCCGGCCAAUGGCUCCGCCAGCAAGCCAGCUCUGCACCCCCCUGUCUCCACCACGGCCAGCGUGCUGGCAAAGCAGGCUGUGGGCACAGCCAACAGCACACCCAGCCCGAGCAAGCCGCUUUCUGCCAAGAAGCCCCUGGGGCAGGCAAAGCUCUUGUUUCCAGGUAGGCACUGUGGCGAGGGGGGCUGGGCGAGAGGCUUUGCAGAGAGGCGUUCUCUGGGGAGUGAUCUCUCUGCGCAGGCCGGGGGGUGAGGUGGUCGAGGGGACUCCCUGUUUCUGACUGCAGGUGGGGGGGGCUUCAGCCCUCCAGGUGUAGCUGGACAUACAACACCCAUCAUCCCUGACCAUUGGCAAUGCAGGCUGGGAGUUGUAGUUCUGCAGUGUCUGGAGGGCUACCAGUUCUUGAUCUGGCCAGGUCAAGAUCUGAGAACCUCCAUGGCUGUUUUAUCAGGAGCAGGCAAAGCUCAGGUGACAAGCGCAAAGCCGGAAGGGGCAGAAGGGGUGUCCCCGAAAGCCGCGAGGCCAGCAGACGGGUCCCCCCUCAGCAGCUCCGGAGACGGUCUGAGGGACCUGCUGGACGUGCAGCCUGUGGGUCACGAUUAUGUCGAAGAGGUAAAGCAAAGGGAAAGGGAGGGCGUGCCUCCUUCACUGAAAUAUUUGCCGGUCAUCUGUCAGGGAUAUUAACUGAGUUACUUCAAAUAUCUUUUCCACCAAGGCAGUGUAAAUGGGGCAGGCGAGCUCUUUGGAAGCCGGGCUUCCACGGUUGCUCCCUUGGCUCAAUCCUGCUUUCCCCUCUCCCUCUCCCUGCAUCUCUCCCUAUGGAAGAUCUGGCAAGGUGGGGGUUUUCAGGGCCUGGUUUCUGUCCCACGGGGAGAUCUUCGCUUUCCUGCCUCUCCAGACCAGCCUGGCUGAGACGAUGCAUCUUGCACCUCUCUAGGUCCACAACGACAAAGGCAAGAUGGUUCGCUUCCACUGCAAGCUUUGUGAGUGCAGCUUCAAUGACCCCAACUCUAAGGACAUGCACUUGAGGGGCCGCCGGCACAGGCUGCAGUACAAGGUGCGAGGGCUGGGAGGGCCUGGUGUGGGCUGGGCCUCCAAGGCUGGCCGGCCCAGUGGGGGAGCCCCUGUCUGGCAAGACCCACCUGCUGUGAGAGGGGUGCAGGGAGCCUGUUUGCUUCUGUGGGGCCAAAGACAGCAGUGGGUGAAGCAGUCUUUGGCCCCUGGGCCUGAGGGGGUCCCCUCCUCUCUUCUACGCAUCCUCUGCGGCCCCUUUUGUUCCCAUCAUCCCGCAUUCCAGUUAGAGGCAGAUUGGUGAGUCUUGAAGCUUCCAUUUUGAUUUCCAACAAUAUCUUUGAUGUAAUCUUGUUCUGGAAUGCAGAAAUUAAUGAUGGGAGCGCUGGGGAGGCCUUGGGCCAAGGCCCUGUUUCUGGAAGUCAGUUCUGCCAGUUCUAAAUUGGCCGUAAUUGUAGCCUCCACAAAACUGGGUGGCUGUGAGGGUGGAAGUCAGGACUGCAAGAAAGGAAGGGACCUCUGUUAAUGCCCACCAUUUUGAAAUACAGUUAGCUCUUCUGGAUUCCCACACUGGAGAAUCCUGGAAAGUGUGCUUUGUAUGGGUGCCAGUAAAUCUUCCCGAAUUGAGCAGGCUGCCUGGAGCAGCAGCAUCUGGAAAACCCGGAUGGGGAAAGCGGAUGGGAAACGAUUUGGGGCCCAGGUUCCUGGUCCCUCUGGAUCUUUGCCUCUUGACACAGCUUGUAGCAAUAACUGAACAGGAUGAGGCCCUCUGCUCUAUUCUGAGCCUGACGGCAACAAACCUCUUGCAGAAGAAAGUCAAUCCUGACUUGCCAGUCGAGAUCAAGCCCAGCAACCGAGCUCAGAAGUUGCACGAGGAGAAGCUGAAGAAGCAGCAGCUGCGGUCCCUGGGGAAGAGGCGCCGAGAGGAAGAGCAGCGCUGGCACCUAGAGAUGAGGCGAGUCCUGGGGAAGGGGCUGGGGGGCGGAGCGUCCCCUUUGCCUGCAACAGCAGGUCCCAGGUUCAGUCCCGGCCUGUAACCGUGGAGAACUUCCCUCAGUCGGCUGACUCAGGAGACCGGGAAAGCUGCCUUGACGUGCUGGACCCUGUUUGCUUUCUCUCUGAAAGGUCAGGUUCCAACUCUGGCUGGCCUUUUGCAGGUUGAUGGCUGUACUCUUAUCUGUGGAAGAAGAGGGAGGGAGGGCAAGAAGCCUUCUUGUGACUCUUCUUGUUGUUGUUAUAUUAUCAAUAUUAUCCAGCACCAUCAGCAACCCAGAGGAAAUAUAGACAGUCUCUUCUCCUGAGCAGCUUACAGUCUAAACUGGGCAGUGUAGGAUUAAUAACAGGAAGCCAGGAGACGCAGAGGCCAGUUUAGGCAUAACCCUCACCGUUGUUUAGCUUUGCUCACAUGAGUUCUGGUCUCACAUGUUUUCCCGCUUUUCCUGUCAGAGGAGGAGGAGAUUGGAAAUUUGCUUUUUGAACUAAUCACAGUUGCUUGCUGCAUCUAGGCACGUAGGAAGGGGGGGGCACACGUCUGGUUAAACUGCUGUUUGUUUAAACAAGCCAGCUUCAUGAAGCACAAUUUUGAUCCUGAUUACUUUGAGCAAGCCAUUGUUCCAACUCAUCACAGUUUUGUCUGAGUUUGGUGCAGUGGAGAAGUCGGUUGAGUUUCCUGCUGUCCUCCUCGGAGGCAGGGAGGCAGGAUGAAAUUUGUGAGCUUGAGGCUGGUGCUCAGAAUGCGGAAUCACAGUUUAGCGUAGCAUCUGAAAGGGCAGGGCAGGAAGAAUGUGAAUGUACAGUGUCACGGGAGGAAGAAGCCUUGGGGGCAGACCAGGAUGGAUGGACUGAACAAAAAGAUACAGUCCUCACUCAACUCCAGAGGGUUUCCUGCUGUUGGUCCAUAAUCCUGGCUGGCUCUGCUUGCUGCUGUCCCUCCAGGCUGUUCUAAGGCAUCAUUUCUCCCGCCUUUCCCCUCCAGGCGCUAUGAAGAAGAAAUGUACUGGCGUCGGGUGGAGGAGGAGCAGCUGUAUUGGGAGGAGCAGCAGCGGCGGCACCUGGCGGCAGACUGGCCCCCGCCACCCCUCAUGGGCAGGCCUGGAGUGCCAGUCCCCCCUCUCUUGGUGGGUAUCCGGAUUUGGGUGGCAUUUCCUUCAAACCCCAGGCUCCCUGCAAAGCCAGCCAGCUGAAUCACACCGUGAAUCUAUUCCAGUGUAACGCUAGACCUGAAGAAGCCUGGCUCUUCGGCUCUUCACAUGGCUGCCAGGGGGAUCUGGAAGCAUCCAUUUACUGGUUUGAACUGACCAGUUUCUUGUUGCUCAUGAACUGUGGUUAUUCUAAACCGGGAGUUUGGCACCCUGACAUUGGCAAAGGUGAGGCUCACAUUCAGCACCAGCCAGGUUAUUGGCACUGACAGUGGGCUGAACACUGACAUCAGGGGUGGGGCAGGUGACUUGCGGGUGGAGGAGGAACCUGUGUUAGUUCUAGUUAGGGCUGCAGGCAGGAGGAUCCAUGUUCUUGGCUCAAACUCUAAAUUUAUUGAAAGAAGCCAGAAUCAAAACUGAUUUCUGCUCCUGGCUUGCUUCAAUGAAAAAUAGUUUAAACAUAUCACUGUUCCCAGUUUGGAUGUAAUGAGAAACUGUGUUCAUGUGAACCAGGAAGUGAGUGCUUCUGGUUUCUCUUCCUGACUGUUGGAAGAAAAGUGGGGCAUGUAAAAGUCCAAGGCUCAGUCAUAUCGCGCUGAACUGUGAUUCACCAUGAAGUCUGAUCUGUGCCUUUUCCUCACCUUGUUUGCCCGCUUUAGUUGACAGACUCCUCCUGUCCAUUUUAUCUCCCUCAGCCCACCCGGCGACCGGACUCUUCUGAUGACCGCCACAUCAUGACAAAGCACUCCAGCAUCUACCCAACAGAAGACGAGCUGCAGGCCAUUCAGAAAGUUGUCUCUCACUCUGAGCGUGCCCUUAGGCUCGUCUCCGAUUGGCUGACGGAGCAGGAAACAGAAAAAGAGGAAGGCAGUAAAGAGAAAGGGUAAUGCUUUCAGGCCGCCUCUGUUCUUGACCUUCACUCGAAUUAAGCUCACAAACAACCCUGUGAGGUAGAACAGGCUGAAAGAGGGUGACUGGCUCAAAGUCACCAAGUCUUCCUAGUCACUCCUAACCACGAGGCCAGGCUGCCAGCAGGGGAAUAACCUGCUCCUCUUACUUGAGGGGGGGGAGCAGCAGCGGCACACAAUGCCUUGGACAUCCCUGCUGGAACCCUUCCUGGUGCAUUUAAUCGCCCGUGCUAGGUAGCUAGUCCUCAUGAGCACGCUUCCUUUCCUGCCCCUCUCCUUUCAACAGGAAGGCAAAUGACCCUCCCCGGCUUCUGAAAGGGGUAAUGAGAGUUGGCGUCUUGGCAAAAGGGCUGCUUCUCCGCGGAGACAGGAAUGUUCGCCUGAUCCUGCUGUCGGCCCAGAAACCUACCCUGGCUCUUCUCCAGAGCAUCACGGAGCAGCUGCCCCAGCAGCUGGAGGUAAGGAAGGCCUCUCUGUUCUCCACAAUCAGACUUGCCAACCGUUGGAGAGUAGGAUGUGUGUAUUUUUAUAUAUUUUAGCUGUUUGUUAAAUUUCUAUUCUAUUCUAUUCAAAUCCUGUGUCUGGAUGGGCCUGCUGAAACAGAAAAGGUUCCCAGCAGGGAUCUAAAAAGAAAACAGUGGUGGGGCCCACCUGACAUCAAGAGGCAGGGAGUUCCAAAGGACAGCUGCUACUAAACUAAAGGAAUGACUCCUUACUGAUGCCAAGUGGACCUUAAUGAUCACAUUGGCAUCUUACGUGGAGCUGGAAUUGUCUCACUCUGCUCUUCAGUUGCUGUUUUUUAGUCUGCCUUUUAUUUGAGUUUUAUAUUGUGGCACUUUGUACACCACCCUGGAAUCGUUUGAGGAAGAGCGUUUAAGAAAAAUACCUAAGUAUAACAAAUGACAAGAGGCAUGACAUAGUUUCCACAGUAAAAGCAGGUCCCUGCUCCCAGUGAAUCUAAGAUCUGGCCUCUUGGGCCUCACUUCCUGGCUUUGGGACUCUCCCCAGCCUGCCCCGCACCCUCCUUGAGUGCCUCUGCCUGGCUGGAAUGUGUCCUUGGAGCUCUCGCCGCUGUCUCCUGCUUGCUAGAUGGAGCAGUUGUGUGUAAAAACCUCUGGCUCUUGCACACCUGUGUGACAGUCGUGUUUGUUGCGCUGGCAUACGCCAACACUGGCACGCAGCUCCUGGCUGAUUGUCCUCGGGGACAGCAGCCCCAGGGUCAGAAGUUUUGCCAUCUCUGUCCUAAUCUGUAUUGGGCAGGUGGGCAUCUCUCAAAGGCUGAUUGAAUUCUCUUUUUCUCCUCAUCUGUCCCAGAAGGUGACGACUGACAGUUACGAAGUGCUGUCCAACUCUGAGGAAGCCAAUAUUGUAAUUGCGUCAUGCAGAGAACCCCAAAUGCAGGUCACAGUUUCGUUGACGUCUCCCUUGAUGAGAGAAGAGGCCGCUGCAGAUGCAGGUGAGUCUUCAGAACUUUAUUUAUAAAAGUUUAAACCUCAGAGUUGUGUAUAGGAACAUAAAAACCUUUAAAAGCAGAACAGAGCAGAAUGUUUGGGUCCUCAAGGAAAGUUUUAAGUAAGUGUGUGGGCCUGUCAGCAUGAAAAAAGUCUUCAAGAGACACCUGAAAUUCAAAUUUGAGGGUGUUUGCCAAAUCACUCCUGGAAGAGCGUUCGACAGCAUUCACUUCAACUAAAUUUUACUCACUAGUAGACCCAUUGAAAUUAAUGUAUAUCAGCGUAGCAUACGGAGCUGGAGAUCCUGCUGGUGCUGUUUGUGUUGCCUUGUUUUACCUUCCCCCCCUUUUAGGAGAGAGGAAAGGGUUGGCAUCUGGGCAGAUCUGUGGUCCACCACCAGGGGGCAGCACCCCAGAAAGAAGGGUGAGGCUGUCUCCCUCCAGCUUCCCUGCUUCUCUGCCCUGGGAGACGGCUGGCAUCCGGCUUCCCCCUCAGGAGGCAAGGCGGUUUCCCCAGCGGAUGCUGCAACAGGAGUCCUGGGUGCCAGAGACGGGCUUUGAUGUCAUCCCCUUAUCCCCAAGAGCUCAUGCCUUUGCUGUAAGCCACCCUGGAGAUCAUUUGAUCGAAAGGUUGGGCCUUGUAUCAUUUAAAAUAAAAAUAACCUGACCUUCAGCUCUGGCUCUGACCGAGUUUCCACAUCACCAUCUCCAAAGGAAAUUGGAACUGACCAGGGGUGUUUGGGGAAGUCUUCCUAGCUAGAAUCGAUGCUUGUGGGUGGCUAAGCAUUCUGCUUCCAUGCCUGCUCUUUUGUAAUGUUGCUGAAGCCCACCCAUUUAUGGGUGGCUGGAAGGAGCUGCUGGGGGUUGGGGGGAGAGAAGGCAAAGAAAAUUGCUUUUGCAGCCUUACUGUAGUGGCAGAUCUCGCGAGAAAACUCUCCCCCAGCUGUGGUUGCCCAUUAAAGCAGGAAGAAAAAGGGAACGCGGUUUGAAUGCAAAUGGCAAGGGAACCCCUGCUUUGCCAGGGCCGUUUCAUGCAGCGUCUUGGGUGCGCCCAUGUCUGGCCAAUGUUCCCUGUAGGAAAUUCACAGGCUGGUAAAGGAGGGGUGUGGGUGCAUCUCCGCUGUGUGGAGGGGCCUGUGCCUUUCGCGUGCUGCCAUGUGCACCCAUGUGUUGUGGGUUGAGGAGGGGGAGCAUGGGGACGGAAGAAAAGCCUGGCUGGACCAGGCCAAGGGCCUCCUCUCACGGUGGCCAAGCAGAUGCCCCAAUGGGAUGCCCCCAGGUAGACCUUGAGCACAAGAGCAGCUCUUCCCCACUUGUGAUUCCAGCAGCCUGGUGUUCGGAGACUUUUACUGAUAGCGGAACUAGGAAUAUCCCCCGCUACCUGUAGACGUGAUGCUCAAAUGGUUUAUUACAAGGUGUCAUAUGCUCAAGGUGUGUAUAUGGUUCUCUCCUCCACAUUUUAUCUUCCCAACAACCCUGUGAGGUUAGGGAAGCAAGUUGAGGGAAACUGGCCCAAGGGGACCAGGGAGCUUUGUGGCAGAGUUCAAGCAAGCCCAGAUCUCCCAGGUGAUCCUAGUCCAACAUGCUGAUGGUUGUGCCACAUUAUGCAAAAUGGUUUGCCUUCUCUUCUGGAUGACUGGGUUGCAGCCUGCCUCUUCCACCUCCUCCCUCCCUUUCUGCUUCCUUCUUAGAAACAUCACCAGAACCUCAGCUCGACUCUGCAGAGACCUUGAACAAGGAUAAGUGCCUGGAGUCCCUGGCUGCUCUUCGCCAUGCAAAAUGGUUCCAGGUAAGAUAAGCCAGUUUGGCCAAGGACUGUGGCCAAGGGCUGUGUCCGCCCCCCUGGCCCCCAAGAAGGAGGGUCCAGUUAAGCCACCAAGUCUUAACUUGGUGUUUUUUAAAUCUUAUGAUUUCAAAUCCACAGUGACCCAUUUCAGAGACAACCCUCGGCUUUGUUAGAGCAUCACCGGUUUCCCUUUUUCUUAAUUUCUUGUGCCCUGACAUUUGCUUAUUGUGGAGGGGGACAGUUCAUGUUCGCUUUAUUUCAAGACAUGGAUCUGAGAUGGAGAUUUUUUUCCCCUCUCCACAAAGGCCCGAGCCAACGGCCUGCAGUCGUGUGUGAUCAUCAUCAGGGUUUUGCGGGACCUCUGCCAGCGUGUGCCAACAUGGGGUGCUCUUCCAGAUUGGGUAAGGAGGCGGGGAGAGGCAGCACCUUUGGGGAAUUCACACGCAUGCACAUGCUUGAACCAACAGUACGAUGCGCAUCACAAGAUUAGGCCAUUCCCAGAGUCUUGUUUUUAGCAAGUGAAGUAGACUGUAUAUGUUGGGCUUCAGUUCACUCAGGUCAUCAUAGGAGCCCCUUCUGCAGGGGUGUAAGGGGGGGGGGAGGUGGUAUUUGGAAAGGAGGCCUCUUCAGUGAUGGCCCCCAAUAGUGGAGCUCCUCCCUGCUUGGUGCCACAGGUGCCUUCCACAACCCGGUGCCCUCUUGACCUUGUUGGACUCCCAAUCCCAUAAUCUCUGAACCACUGGCUGUGUUCAGGGAUGGUGGGAGGAGCUUGCCUAAUGUUCAGGGACAUUGGGAGUUGAAGUCCAAGAGCAAAUGGAAAGGAGAAUGUGGGGGGAGGUUGGUUUGCAUCCACAUUGGUUACUUGUCGCUGCUCCGCAAUUGGAUUCCUCUCACAGAGCUACAAUUCCCAGAGUGGUUUAGCCCCUCUUCCCAUGGAUCUCUGGGGACUGUAGUUCUUGGGUUGAAGGGUGUCCUCCUCUCAGAACCCUUAACAAACCACAGUUCCCAGGAUGCUUUAGGGGAAGGUAUGAUACUGUUUUAAGUGGGUAGUGCAGACAGGCCAUAGUCUGAAGUAAAAAAAAAUUGGGAAAUGCUUAGUGGCAUUAAGAAAGGCGCACUUCAUUCUCAACAAGAUAUUCACAUGUUUAUAAACUGCACUUUCCAUAUAAGAAGUUGUGUUCUUCUUCUCUUCCAGGCGAUGGAGCUGCUGGUGGAAAGAGCUCUGAGCAGCGCCACGGGCCCUUUGGGACCUGGGGAGGCCAUGCGGCGGGUCCUGGAGUGCCUUGCCACCGGGAUGCUCCUGGCAGGUCAGCUCUGCAAGCUGCGCCAACUGCAGUCUUCCUCCCAGUUUUGGGGCAGGACCACAGCUUCUGGCUCAGAGCACAUGCUUCACCUGCUAAAUAGCCCCCAUCUCCAGCAUCUCCCAAGUAGAGCCUGGAGGGAAGGGAAGCCUGGAGAGCCAGCGGCCACCAGGGGGCGAUGUCCCUAGACCAAACCAUGUUUACCCCUCCCCUCCUUCUCCCACAAGGUUCCUCUUAAUGCAGCCCUAAGAAGGUUCUGGAAAACCACUUCCACUGUGUACUAGCUCCAACUUUCUGGAUUUGUGCUAAAACUAUUUGUUUUCUAUUAUUACUAUUUAAAAACAAGUAUCUGGCCUUGACGGCUGUGAGCAACACAGUGAAAUCACAAAAACAGGUGAGCAGACCUGCAGUGCUUGAAACUGGUACUUUGGUCUCAGCACACAAACACCCACAGCGCAGCUUAGCAGCCGAGAAAACCCUGCUUGGUGGCUUCUCAUUCAUUUUAGGUUCGUUCCUUAGUUUUCUAAAAGCUCUAACGUAGAUUUGCAAUCUGCAACAACAAGGGUUUGGGGGAGGCUUAGGUUUCCCCAUCCCUGCCCUAAGGAGGAUUUGAUCCCCAGAAAUGAACUGGAGAAACAAACCACUAGAAAUACUCCUUGUCACCAAGGGUAGGGGGCUCCAGGGGCUCCAGCCCCCUCAAUAUUUUGAAUCUGGGUUGGGAGUGGAAUCAGGUUGCUAAAAAUCAAAGUUUGCCUCCUUCCUACGCAUAACCUUGCUGCCAUGUUCUGCUUCCCUGCAGAUGGCCCAGGGCUCCAAGACCCCUGUGAGAAAGAGCCAGUGGAUGCCUUGCAGAGCAUGGCCAGGCAGCAGCGAGAGGACGUCACGGCCAGCAGCCAGGUGGGUAGUGCCUUGGGCUCUUUGCCUUGAGGCCUGCAGGGCAGGCAGAGAGAACGUGCAGCCCUCCAGGCAUCUCCAUGGGCAGUGCUGGCUGGGGCUGGUGGGAGUUGGGAGCCCCACCGCUCCUGGAGGACCAGAGAUUCCCAAUCUCUGCUGUGGGGCUUGUGAACUUAAAAUUAAGCUUAUAGGAAUCCUGAAAGGCUUCGCCAGGACCACUUGCUUCCCCGAGUGGCGCCUGGCUCACUUGCACUAAGUGUCAUGGAAGAGAGACUUUGGUUCUCUACAGCUCUUGGUCUCUCUCUCUUCAGUGUGUCAUAGCCCAUAGUUGGCUGCUUGCCGUCUCUCUCUAGCCAGAGGGUGUCCUGCCCUUCCUUUGUCGCCAGGGCAGAUCUGCAAUUUGGCGCUCAUUGCCUUCUCUUGAUGUCAACCAGCGCCAGGAUCCAGAAAUGUGGAAUUUGCUCUGUCAGCCAAGGGAGCCGUAAUUAUUAGCACUCACCUAGAAAUUCCUCUGAGUUAGGACAGUGUAGUUUAGCAGCAGCAGCAGGAGGAGUCGCCGCUUGUUACCUAAACAAAACAUAAACACGUUAUACCAUAAAAGAGAAACCAGAGAAAACAUUAACAUUUUCAUGUAGCACCAACAUUCAUUAAUGUUUCUCUAUAUACUUUUUGCUCUAAGCUGAUUGGGGAAUGUUUGCUCCACCCUCAAGAAGUCAUUUAUAGAUAUCCUUAAAAUGUGAACGCUAUUCACUUCUUUCAAAAUAGCAAUGAAGUGGGAACGCAGUGUGCUGGGAAAGCAGGAGUAGUUUAAAGCUUAAGGCCUGGUUAGAAAGGGAGUGAUUCUGCCUGGCACCUAAAGAUAUGUAGGGUUCAGAAUCCUAACCCUGUGUGCAUCUUUGCCUUUCUCCCUCCCCGCAGCAUGCCUUGAGGAUGCUGGCCUUCCGUCAGAUCCACAAAGUCCUCGGCAUGGAGCCCUUAGCUCUGCUGAAAAACCGGCCUGGCCCACACAACCGGAAGAGGCGGCGGGACAUCGAGGAGGAGACCGAGGGCGAGGGGAAGAAGGACAAGAAAGAGGGGGAGGAGGGCGGCGCCUAA